GCCGCGCUCUCUCUCUCAGACCAAGAGGGGUGGUCUCUUCCGGUUCAUGUCGGAGCAGAGGAAGCCGGGCGGCCAUUUUGGAUCAUCCGGGAGCGGCAGCAGCAGCAGCAACAGCAGCCGCCUAGUGCCGCUGUCUGAGGGAAAAGGAGGCGAAGAAGGGAGGGAGGAUCAGGGUUGCAGGCUUGGCGGCGGCCUCCCCUUCUCUCUCUCUUUCUCUCACCCAUAUCUAUAUCUAUAUCUAUAAUAUCUAUCUAUAUCUAUAUCUAUCUAUAUAUGAUAUUAUAGAUAUACAUAUAUAUAUAUAUAGAGAGAGAGAGAGAGGGAGGGCAUAGGAAAAGAACCCGAAGCCCUCCAUAUAUCUAUCUAUCUAUCUAUAUCUCCUCCCUUUGGGCAAGGAUUUGGGGUUUGUUUCUUCUGUGUGAAGGAGGAAUUAAGCGAAACAUGGGAGCCAAGGCCUUUUGAAGCAGGGUUUGGGGAGAAGAGAAGAAAGAAAGGGAUAAAAAGGGCUGAAAGAGAAGUCUCCUCCUGAGGAAAGAGAGAGGAGGAAGAAGAAGAGGAUCAGCCAAAAGGGUCCAUUUUUGCCCCCUUUCAUUCCUCACGAUUGCAUUCCUCUCUUUCCCGCAGAAGCAGCACCCUCAUCCCGGUUCUCCUCCCUUUCUCCCCUGCUGCUGCUGCUGCUGCUGCUCUCUCAUUCCCUUUGCCUCCUUCCUCCUCCCUAAUCUUGAGCCCCUUUGCCCUGCAUGAGAAUCCCUUCCUCUGUCUCUAAUCCGCCCCACCUUUGGAGGGACUCUAUAUACAAUACAAAUCUCUCCCUAGGAUGAUCCCUGGAGACUCCCGAGGGGAUCCCAGGCUGCUCUUUGGAGAUAAAUGAGAGAGGAGGGCACUCCUUCUGGCGGAGGAGGAGGAGGAGGAGAAGGUGGAGGAAGAGGCCGAAAUAAGACCCCAGGGUUCACCCCCCAGGCUCCUUUCUUCUUCAUGGUGGCCUUUCAUCACCGCCACCACCAUCAUGCAGUGAAAUCGCACUCCCUUUUUCUGUAAAUAUAUAUAUAUAUAUAUAUAUAUAGUAUUUUGGGGGAAGGUGUUAGGAUUUUUUAGUAAGACUAUUAUAUAGCUGGGUUCGGCCGUCACGAUCGGGGCUUCGGCGCAAGUGAACGAAAAUGUCCACUCGAACUCCCUUGCCCACCGUGAAGGAGCGCGACACUGAAAAUGAUGCCGGAACAUCAGUAGGGGAAAGCUUUUGUGAAAAGCACACCUCUCAUGGUGAAGGACGGCAGGAAGUUUCCUCUCGAACUAAUCGCACUGGGGCCCGCUGUAGAAAUUCUAUAGCUUCCUGCGCAGAUGAGCAACCCCAUAUUGGAAACUACCGACUUCUUAAAACGAUUGGAAAGGGGAAUUUUGCAAAAGUGAAGCUGGCUAGACACAUCCUUACUGGCAGAGAGGUUGCAAUAAAAAUAAUUGAUAAAACUCAAUUGAAUCCGACUAGCCUACAAAAGCUCUUCAGGGAAGUAAGGAUAAUGAAGAUAUUAAAUCAUCCCAAUAUAGUUAAAUUAUUUGAAGUAAUUGAAACAGAAAAAACACUCUACUUAAUCAUGGAGUAUGCAAGUGGAGGAGAGGUAUUUGACUAUCUAGUUGCACAUGGAAGAAUGAAGGAAAAAGAGGCAAGAGCCAAAUUUAGACAAAUAGUAUCUGCAGUGCAGUAUUGCCACCAAAAGCAUAUUGUUCACAGAGAUCUCAAGGCUGAAAAUCUUUUGCUUGACGCAGAUAUGAACAUUAAAAUAGCCGAUUUUGGUUUUAGCAAUGAGUUUACAGUUGGAAAUAAACUGGACACAUUUUGUGGCAGUCCUCCUUAUGCUGCUCCAGAACUCUUCCAAGGCAAGAAGUAUGAUGGACCUGAAGUAGAUGUUUGGAGUUUAGGUGUUAUUCUUUAUACUCUUGUGAGCGGAUCUCUGCCUUUUGAUGGACAGAAUCUAAAGGAACUGAGAGAGAGAGUACUGAGAGGAAAAUACAGGAUUCCUUUCUACAUGUCAACAGACUGUGAAAACCUGCUAAAACGUUUCCUGGUGCUAAACCCAACUAAAAGAGGCACACUUGAGCAAAUCAUGAAGGAUAGAUGGAUCAACGCAGGGCAUGAGGAUGAUGAACUUAAACCUUUUGUUGAACCAGAGUUAGACAUCUCAGACCAGAAAAGAAUAGACAUUAUGGUUGGAAUGGGAUAUUCUCAAGAAGAAAUACAGGAAUCUCUUAGUAAAAUGAAAUAUGAUGAAAUCACUGCUACGUAUUUGCUACUAGGAAGGAAAUCAUCAGAGUUGGACGCAAGUGACUCCAGCUCUAGCAGCAAUCUUUCACUUGCUAAGGUCAGGCCAAGUAGUGACCUAAACAACAGUACAGGACAGUCUCCACACCACAAAGUACAGAGAAGUAUAUCUUCCAGCCAGAAGCAACGACGGUACAGUGACCAUGCUGGUCCAUCUAUUCCUCCAGCUGUGGCAUAUCCAAAAAGAAGUCAAACUAGCACUGCAGAUAGUGACCUCAAAGAAGAAGGGAUUCAGUCACGGAAAUCUAGCAGCAGUGCUGUUGGAGGAAGAGGAGUAGCUCCUGCUAGCCCCAUGCUUGGGAAUGCCAGCAAUCCAAAUAAGUCUGAUAUUCCUGAGCGUAAGAGAAGCUCUGCUGCACCCAGUAACAAUACUGCACCUGGAGCAAUGACACGACGAAAUACAUAUGUCUGUAGUGAAAGAACAACUACAGACAGACACUCAGUCAUUCAAAAUGGCAAGGAAAGCAGUGCUAUUACCGAUCAGAAGACACCUGUUGCUUCAACUCACAGUAUCAGUAGUGCAACAACACCUGACCGCAUACACUUCCCAAGACGAUCUACCAAUCGUAGCACUUUCCAUGGCCAGAUUAGAGAACGGCGUACUGCCACUUACAACGGACCCCCUGCAUCGCCCAGUCUCUCUCACGAAGCAACACCACUCUCACAGACACGAAGUAGGGGCUCCACUAACUUGUUCAGUAAAUUGACUUCAAAGCUAACAAGAAGAAACAUGUCAUUCAGGUUUAUCAAAAGGCUCCCAACUGAAUAUGAGAGGAACGGGAGAUAUGAGGGCUCAAGUCGUAAUGUGUCUGUUGACCAGAAGGAUGACAACAAAGAAGCCAAGCCUCGUUCGUUACGAUUUACUUGGAGCAUGAAAACCACCAGUUCCAUGGAUCCUAAUGACAUGAUGAGGGAAAUUAGUAAGGUCCUGAAUGCCAACAACUGCGACUAUGAACAGAGGGAGCGUUUCUUGCUUUUCUGUGUCCAUGGGGAUGGUCAUGCAGAGAAUCUUGUUCAAUGGGAGAUGGAGGUGUGUAAGCUGCCAAGACUGUCACUGAAUGGAGUCCGCUUUAAACGGAUAUCGGGAACAUCAAUAGCAUUUAAAAACAUUGCUUCCAAAAUUGCCAACGAGUUAAAGCUGUAAUGAGAAGAGCAAUCAAGUUUGUAAAUUUAAAGUAGCAAUUUCAAGGUGUUUUUUUUUUUUUUUUUUUUGAGAACAUCAAUGGAAAUGUAUAGAAUAAUAUUUAGGGCAAUAAUUUCUGCAUCUUCUGAAUCAUGAUAUUAAAGCAAACAAACAGUUGAGUCAAGCUGCUGAGCUGGGAAGGGAGAGUUGGACUUUUUUUUUAUAAGUGCACUACAGCAUUAAAGUUGCCUACUAUGUAAAA